AGACGUGGAGAGAGAGCGAGAGAGAGAGACAGACAGAUAGAGGAACCUGCUCAAGAGCACCCAGGCUUCCGCAGGCAUCCUGAAUCAGGCGCUGACCCAUCCACUGUCCAGUAGCCCCGGCUGACGACCUCCCGUCUGACACCAGCACCCGCCCCAGCCCGAACCCCAGCGUGCUGUGUCAGGAUGUACCAGAAGCAGCCUCACCUGUCCGGCCCCCAGUGCUCGGUCAUCCAGGGGGGCUACACGCCGCCCGCCUCCCUCUCCUACUCCGUCCUCAGCCAUGCCGGGCCCUCCACGGCCAUGGGGGGGCACCUGGGGGUGACCCCCGAGAGCGUCCCCUCCUCAGCCAGCCACAGCCACAUGAGCCAGGAGGCCGGGGGGCUCUACUGCCAGCCCGUGGGGGCCCAGGGACCCGGCAUGGCAUACAUGGCAGCGCCAGCCUGCUCCACCAGCACAGGAGAUCACCAGGGCCAACAGAACCACAUGGGACAGCAGGACUUCUCCUCCUUCCUCCUGCCCCCUCCUCCUCCUCCUCCCCCGGGUCUUCAUCAUCAUCGUCAGCCGGUGGGCAAGAAGGGCAUGAACAAGGACAGCAUGGAGUACCGUAUGCGUCGCGAGCGCAACAACGUGGCCGUGCGGAAGAGCCGGGACAAGGCGCGGCGCCGCAUCCAGCUGACCCAGCAGAGGGCGCUGCAGCUGCAGCAGGAGAACCAGCGACUCCAGCUGCUCAUCGAGCAGCUGACCCACGAGCUGGACACGCUCAGGCACUUCCUGGCCCAGCGGCCGCUGCGCUCCAAAGCUGAGGAGAGCUGCUGACCGUCACCACGAGGACCCGAGGACACACACACACACACACAGACACACACACACACACACACACACACACAGACACACACACUCACUCUCUCUCUGUCUCUCUCUCUGUCUCUCUCUCUCUCUAUUGCUCUUCUCUCUCACACACACACACGCAUGCACACACACACACACACACACCUUUCCUGGUGCUACCCUCCUGUGCGGAGACUGCGGGCCUAAUCUAAGACAUGUCCCCUCCUCCACAAGUCACACAUGCACUGGGCGAGAGCAGAGACGGAACACAAGUGGGGUACCUGAAGCCGGCCAAACCACCUCACAAAAGAGUACACAAGCCCAUCAAAAAACUUUUUACAGUCACAACAUGACAAAAAAAUGACCUCUGACUGCAAAAGUGAGCUCUCUGUGGUCAAUAGUUACCCCCCAAAACUAUUAGAGAUUAUCAGCUGAACAAGAAAAGCAACUUACUGUUGCUCUCAGUACAGAAGUUUUCACAAGACAAUCUGUUCACAAUGCAUUGAUUAAUAUUUGUAUGUAAUCUAGAGUGUUUGAAUAAAAAAGUUUUAUGUUAAUGAGCGA